AUACCAACUAAAUUCCCUGAAAAUGGGAGCUUCAAACUUCAACUCACUGAUUUAACUUGCCCCAAAUCAACACCUAAGAUUAAAAAAAUCAGAAAAGGAAAAAACCCGUAGGAAGCACGUCUUGUCAAGUUCCCCUCUAGCAGAAAAGGUAAUUUAAUUGAGAAAAAAGGAAAUAAAAAUUGGUUUCUCAAUUUCUUGCAAACCAUGCAACAGCAACUACAGCACUAGAAAAUAAAAGGGAAGGGUUGAGAGAGGAUUUUGUAUAAGGAUCUAUUUUUGAGGACAUGGGGAGGCUGUUUGUGGUUAAUCUUGAAGGGAAGGUCUAUAGCUGCAAGCACUGCAGAACCCAUCUUGCUCUUUAUGAAGAUAUUGUUUCAAAGCACCUGGGGGCCUCCCAAAAUGAUGGUUUCCCUGCAGCAGUCCUUUCACUGCAGGCAUGGGAAAGCUUAUCUCUUCAAUAAGGUAUCAAAUGUCUUUGUGGGAGUGAAAGAAGAGAGACCCAUGAUGACUGGGACACAUGUUGUUGCUGAUAUUUUCUGUGUUGGAUGUGGAUCGAUUGUGGGUUGGAAAUAUGAGACUGCCUAUGAAAAGAGCCAAAAGUACAAGGAAGGAAAAUCGGUUCUAGAGCGGUUUAAGGUAUCUGGUCCUGAUGGAAGCAGUUAUUGGGUGAAUCAUGAAGCACAUGUUGGUGGAAGUGAUGCAGAUGAAGUUUGAUCGAUUACUCUUCAUUUCGAAUUGUACAUUGAUGUUCUUAUUUAACUCUCAAUGUGAACUGGGAAAUUCAAAAUUCCUCAUUUCCAUGGCUCGUUCAUCAUGCUGUCAAUGGAUAACACGAUUCUGAACAUUGGAUUGUUGAAUCUGAUGCAGUACGUACUCAGUUUCAAGAGCUAGUCCAUGUUAAUAACUUGUUGAAUAUUUUACUGCAAUUUCAAAGAUCAAUUGUUAGUAUCAGAGACUUUCAGGCAAUUCUUGCUCA